AUGAAUUAUACUCACCGACUUGAUCGCGCUCAUCAUACUGCCGGAUUCACUCAGGCCACAUUUCAAAGAUUUCAGACACACAUCAUGAGUUGCGGAUCGUAUGAUUUACGAUGCUGUAUUUGCAUACUCAAUAUACGACUCAAAGAUCUGUCUUAUGUCGUCGAACUUAACCUCCAGUUUAUCAUACGAUCAUUCUUCAAAAUUUCAGACAACCCAAAAGCAACUAAGGAGGAGGUUGGUAAAGCAUAUGAAGGAUAUAAAGACUUUUUCUAUAAAUACCAUCAAGAAACCCCGCAGCAACAGCGUAUUGCUACACGCGAUACCUCCAAACACUUGAUGGCGGAGCCGAAUCAUAGGAGAGUUCGGUUAUAUGGAGAGAAUAGCUCGAAUGCAUUACGACAUGCAUUGGAGUUGGGUCGUAGAAAUAAGUGCCAUAGCUUGCUAUCAUCUGGCUCCAGAGCUAGAACACACAAGGGAAGACAUUCUCAAGGCGCUCAGAGCAUUCAAGGAUCCAAAAGACUGUCGCAAAAUUCUUACACUGAGGAAGAACGUCUGCAAAAUGAAUCUUUAGAGAUAAACGAUGACAACGAUUUAGUAUAUAUUUUGCCCACGCAACUUGCGCCUGUCAACCUGACGGCAAGUUGUGUCUGGAA